UGUGAAGCAGACAAAAAAGGCGGUUCUUCCUCUUCCACUCCCUAAUGUUUGGCAUCCCAGCAGCAGACAAUUCACUUUCAUUUUGAUACCUUAUUGGGGUGUCGUGUAAUUUAUAUCCCUCAACUUUUAACCAGAAUCGUGAAGAUUGGUUCAAGAUGGCUGAUGAUGAACUGCAAGCUAUCAGGGCCCAAAGGAUGGCUGCAAUGCGCCAACAGCAACAACAGAGUCAAGGGGAUCCAAGUCAGGCUGCGCAGAAGCAGGAAGAUGAGAGGAAACAGCAAGAGGAUAUGAAAAAUAGCAUUUUGUCACAAGUUUUGAAUCAGUCUGCCAGAGCAAGAUUAAACACUAUUAGGAUUGCCAAACCUGAAAAGGCAGCUAUGGUGGAAAACUUGCUAGUGAACAUGGCAAGACGAGGACAGAUUGGAGGUCAACUUGGAGAAAAUGAGCUAAAAGGCCUGCUGGAGCAAGUCAGCCAGCAAACUAAACAAGAAACGACCGUCAAAUUUGACCGAAGGCGUGCAGCUCUCGAUGACGAAGAUGACGAUUGAUUGAAUGCAAAGCUGUAGGUUCUUGAAAAUCUCCUUUGUUCUGUAUAUAUAUACUUUCAUUUUUGAUUCUUUGUCAAUUGAGUGAAAUACACAAUCUUGACCCUCUU